UUUUACUUUAAUUACUCGGUGAAUUGUUUGAUUUUGAAUUUUGGUGCUGUUGCUUGUCCAGAUGCUGAUAUGGAGGAUUAUGGGUUCGAGUACUCGGAGGAGGAGCCUGAGGAGCAGGAUGUUGAUAUUGAGAAUCAAUACUACAACUCAAAAGGUUUGGUUGAAACUGACCCAGAAGGGGCACUUGCUGGUUUUGCUGAGGUAGUUCGUAUGGAACCAGAGAAGGCUGAAUGGGGAUUCAAAGCUUUAAAGCAAACUGUUAAACUCCAUUAUCGGUUGGGGAGGUAUAAAGAGAUGAUGGAAGCUUAUAGGGUCAUGUUGACAUACAUUAAAUCAGCUGUAACACGAAAUUACAGUGAAAAAUGUAUAAACAAUAUAAUGGAUUUUGUUUCUGGGUCAGCUAGCCAGAACUUUGGCCUUCUACAAGAGUUCUAUCAGACUACUCUGAAAGCCCUUGAAGAGGCAAAAAAUGAGAGAUUGUGGUUUAAAACAAAUCUUAAGCUCUGCAAGAUUUGGUUUGACAUGGGUGAAUACGGGCGAAUGAAUAAGAUUUUGAAGGAGCUCCACAAGUCUUGUCGAAGAGAAGAUGGUACUGAUGAUCAAAAGAAAGGAACACAACUUUUGGAGGUGUAUGCAAUUGAGAUUCAAAUGUACACUGAGACUAAAAAUAACAAAAAACUCAAGCAACUGUACCACAAAGCACUCUCGAUCAAAUCAGCAAUACCCCAUCCACGAAUUAUGGGAAUUAUUCAUGAAUGUGGUGGAAAAAUGCAUAUGGCAGAGCGGCAAUGGGCAGACGCGGCAACAGAUUUUUUUGAAGCCUUUAAGAACUACGAUGAAGCUGGGAAUCAGCGGCGUAUUCAAUGUCUAAAAUAUUUGGUUCUGGCAAACAUGCUAAUGGAAUCUGAAGUUAACCCAUUUGAUGGGCAGGAGGCAAAGCCAUACAAAAAUGACCCUGAGAUUUUGGCCAUGACGAAUCUGAUAGCAGCAUACCAACGGAAUGAAAUAUUGGAGUUUGAGAAAAUUCUCAAGAGCAAUAGGAGGACUAUAAUGGAUGAUCCAUUCAUUCGAAACUACAUCGAGGAUCUUCUGAAAAAUAUUAGAACCCAAGUUUUGCUUAAGCUCAUCAAACCUUACACAAGAAUUCGAAUUCCAUUCAUAUCAAAG